GGCGGCGCGGUGGUCCCGCGUGCUGGCAGCAUGUCUGCCGUGCGCUGGGGCCGCGGCGCGGCGGGGUUCGGGAGGGCCCUGUGGCCGGCGGGCGCCCCCGGCCUCCUGGCCGAGGAAGGGGCCCUUGGUGGCGUCUGGGGCCUUAAGAGGAGCUCGACUGCCAGCCCUUGUGAGCAGGACCGCCGGAAGGACUGGGGCCAUGCCGAGCUGCUGGAGGUGCUCAAGGCGCGGGUGCGGCAGCUGCAGGCCGAGGGCGUGGCAGAGGUGACGGUGAAGAGGGUGGCCAAGAGGGUGGCCGUGGCUCGAGCCCCGGAGGCUGGCGGCGCCCAGCCACCCAGGCAGGCCCAGGCAGGGGCCGAGGGGGCCGCCCCCAUGCUCAGCAGCCGCUGGGCGCAGAAACUGGACGACGAUCAGCGGCUGAUGGAGAGGCGCAAGCAGCGGCUGGAGGGGAAGCUGCAGAAGCACGUGGAGAAGGUGGCCUGGCAAAAGCAGCUGCGCUCGGAGCCCCGGCUGCUGAGCAGGAAGCUGGCGAGCCAGCUGCAGCACUGGGAGCAGGGGGCGCCCCGGAGCCCGUGGGAGGAGCAGCUGGCGCAGCUGCUGCAGGAGGCCCCGCAGGGGCGGAGCGGCGAGGCGGCGGCGGCCCCGGCGGACAGAGGCCCCGAGUCGCGGCUGGAGGGCCAGCGGCAGAGGCUCCUGUCCUUCUUUGAGUGCUGCCUGCUCACGGGCAACCUGCCCCUGGCCCACCACGUGCUGGUCACCCACCACAGCAAGUCCCAGCAGCAGCGGCUGCUCACACUCUCCAUGUACAACAUGGUCAUGCUCGGCUGGGCUCGCCAGGGCUCCUUCAAAGAGCUGAUGUACGUGUUCUUCAUGCUGAAAGAUGCCGGCCUCGCCCCGGACCUGCGGUCCUACGCAGCUGCCCUGCAGUGCAUGGGGCGCCUGGACCAGGAUGCUGGCACCAUCCGAAGGUGCCUGAAGCAGAUGGCGCAGGACGGGCUACAGCUGCAGGGGCUCUUCACGGCUGGGCCGCUGAGCGCCGAGGAGCGGGCUGAGCUCCUGCGGGCUGUGCGCAAGGCCAAGCCCGCCUUCACCCCCCCGCGGCCGCCCGUGCCCCCGCCCCAGGUCAACACCUCGCCGCUGCUCCGGGAGAUCUACGCCAAGCAGGACCCCACUGUGUCCUACCCGAGGCUGCACUUGUCCCUGAAGGAGCUGCAGGGCCUCUUCCGACAGCAGCUUCGCGUGGAGAUGGCCACCACUGUCACCGUGGAGUCCGUGGAGAAGGUUCCACUGCUGACCAAGGAGGUCCUGCAUGCGCGGAAGACCCUGGCAGGCUUGCGCACCCGAUGGAGGACGGCGCUGUACCGGGAGCUGCAAGAGACCAAGGAGAGCGAGGCCCACGCUGCUCGAGAAGGCCGCCUCUCACUCUUCCCGUACCUGUGCCUGCUCAGCGAGAAGGAGGUUGUGGGGGUGCUGCUGCAGACCCUGCAGGCGCUGCCCGCGCAAGGAGAGUCACUUCUCUUCCUGGCGCACGAGCUGGGUCUGCGUGUCUUCAAGAGGAAGCAGCUCAGAAACGAGGUGCAGGAACUGGAGCAGCGCUACUCCAAGUACCUGCACCUGCUGGCCUCCGACACCCAGGUGGCGGAACCAUGCCUGCCACGGCAGCAUUGGGAGGCACUGGGGGCGCCUGAGGCCCCCCACGAGCAGCCCUGGCCCGUGUCAGUGGUGGUGCAGCUGGGAAAGCAGCUGGCGGAGGUGCUGGUGCGGGCCGCGCAGAUGCCCAGCAGCCUGGCGGCGCCCCGGAGCCCAGGCACGCUCAUCCCCGUGCUCUACCACGUGUACUCCUUCCGCAGCUUCCGCCAGAUCGGGAUCCUGAAGCCUCACCCGGCCUUCACGCAGCUGCUGGAGACGGCGGCAGAGCGCACGCUGACCUUUGAGUCGACGGACGUGCCCAUGCUGUGCCCACCACUGCCCUGGACGUCGCCCCACUCGGGUGCCUUCCUGCUGAGCCCCACCAAGAUGAUGCGCUCUGUGGAGGGCAGCCAGCAGCACCAGCUCCUGCUGGAGCGCUGCCCGCCUGCCGAGCUGCACGGUGCCCUGGAUGCCCUCACCCAGCUGGGCAACUGUGCCUGGCGGGUCAACGGGCGCAUACUGGACCUGGUGCUGGAGCUCUUCACUGACAAGGGCUGCCCUCGCCUGGGUGUGCCCGCCCCGCCCUCCGAGGCCCCCCGGCCACCCGAGGGCCGUCAGGCUCCCAAGGGCUGCUUGCUGCCCGAGGUCUCGCCUGCCGAAAAGGCUGAGAUGCGGCGGGAGCUGGCCCGGCGCCUGAAGGUGGCACGGGAGAUGCAGAGCCUGCGCGCCGAUGCACUGUACCGCCUGUCGCUGGCCCAGCACCUGCGGCACCGCGUCUUUUGGCUGCCGCACAACAUGGACUUCCGCGGCCGGACCUAUCCCUGCUCACCGCAUUUCAACCACCUGGGCAGUGACCUGGCCCGCGCACUGCUGGAGUUCGCCCAGGGCCGCCCACUCGGCCCCCACGGCCUCAACUGGCUCAAGAUACACCUGGUCAACCUCACAGGGCUCAAGAAGCGCGAGUCGCUGCAGGCACGCCGGGACUAUGCGGACGAGCUGAUGGAGGACAUCCUAGACUCGGCGGACCGGCCCAUGACGGGCCGCAAGUGGUGGAUGGAGGCAGACGAGCCCUGGCAAGCCUUGGCCUGCUGCAUGGAGGUCGCCCAGGCGGUGCGUGCCCCCGACCCCACCGCCUAUGUCUCCCACUUCCCGGUUCACCAGGAUGGCUCCUGUAACGGCCUGCAGCACUACGCCGCCCUGGGCCGGGACAGCGUGGGGGCCGCCUCCGUCAACCUGUUGCCCUUGGACCUGCCGCAGGACGUGUACAGUGAGGUGGCUGCACAGGUGGAGGUGUUCCGCAGGCAGGACGCCGAACAGGGUGUGCGGGUGGCCCAGGUGCUGCAGGGUUUCAUCAGCCGCAAGGUGGUCAAGCAGACGGUGAUGACCGUCGUGUACGGGGUCACCCGCUACGGGGGCCGCCUGCAGAUCGAGAAGCGCCUCCGGGAGAUCCACGACUUCCCCCAGGACUUCGUGUGGGAGGCUUCUCACUACCUCGUGCGCCAGGUGUUCAACAGCCUGCAGGAGAUGUUCUCGGGCACCCGGUCCAUCCAGCGCUGGCUGACCGAGAGCGCCCGGCUCAUCUCCCACACGGGCUCGGCCGUGGAGUGGGUCACGCCCCUGGGCAUCCCCAUCAUCCAGCCCUACCACCGUGACUCCAAGGUCAUGAUCAAAGGCGGGCUCCAGAGCCUCACCUUCAGCAGCAGCGUGGACACCAGCCAGAAGCCCAAUACGCUGAAGCAGAAGAACGGCUUCCCGCCCAACUUCAUCCACUCGCUGGACUCCUCGCACAUGAUGCUCACGGCCCUGCACUGCUACAGGAAGGGCCUGACCUUCGUCUCGGUGCACGACUGCUUCUGGACCCACGCCGCUGACGUUGCGGUCAUGAACCAGGUCUGCCGUGAGCAGUUCGUCCGUCUGCACAGCCAGCCCAUUCUCCACAACCUGUCCAGGUUCCUGAUCAAGCGGUUCUGCUCCGACCCCAGGACCUCCAAGAGCAUCUGGGUCUCCAGGCUGAUGGACACGCUGCUGUCUGUGCCCAAGGCAGGGACCUUCAACCUGGAGCAGGUGAAGCACUCCACGUACUUCUUCAGCUGACGGCCAGUGCUGCCUCCCUGUACUUGAGUGUGAAUAAAGGGUCUGUCACCA